UUAUUUUGUCAUCACCUGUAUUACGAAAUGAUUGACUUAACAUGUGAAAUUGAUGAAAUUGAUUACGAAUUGUUCGAUGUGCACGAAUCUUUCCGCCAUUUGAACGAUAUUUGCUUUGAUCAAAGUCUAAGUGCUGUUGUUCUGUCUUGGAGUAAGAAAAUGACGGUUAGUGCUGGCAGAUGUCGUUUCAAGGAAAAUCGAUAUUGUGAAAUAAUUUUGAGUGAACCCAUUUUAAAGUACAGAUCAGCUAAAGAAUGUGAAGAAACACUGUUGCAUGAGAUGAUACAUGCAUAUCUUUUUCUGACUAAAAAAAGUAAAACUCUAAAUGCACAUGGAAAGGACUUCAUAUGGCAUAUGAACCGUGUAAAUGACAUUACCGGGCUCAAUGUCGAUAUAUAUCACAACUUCAUAGAUGAGGUGGAAUAUAAUCGACGUCACGUAUGGAGGUGUUCCGGUCCGUGUCAACAUUUACCACCUUACUUUGGGUACAUUAGACGUUCAAGAAACUUAACGCCAGGACCAAAUGAAAAGUGGUGGCACCGACACCAAUAUACUUGCGGAGGCACGUUUAGAAAACUCGCAUCGCCCUUAUGCCGCUAGCAUCAAUCAACAAACAUAUAUAAGUUAUUCUCGUA